GUGGCAUUGGUGAGUUGAAAGCGACCCAAACAAAAAAGUAAACUUAUUCACCGUAGAAGCUAUGGCGUCGAACAUAAAACAGCAUCUUGCUGGUCUUGCUAGUUUAGGAGGAACUCCUAAAGAUCAAGCCGAUCGAUAUCGUGCAGUAUUGGAUAAUAUUGUCAAAACUACAGGAGAAGAACUUGUUGAAGGUCUUCAGAGUUUUGUUGAAUCUAUUGUAAAUGAAAAUGUGAGUCUUGUGAUAUCAAGACAACUCCUCACUGAUGUUGGAAUACAUUUGACAAAACUACCAGAUGAUGUUUCUAAGAGAGUGUCUCAUUACACUCUUGAUAAGGUUCAACCAAGAGUUGUGUCAUUUGAAGAACAAGUGGCAAGCAUACGUCAACACUUGGCUGAUAUUUAUGAAAAAGAGCACAGCUGGAGAGAAGCUGCAAAUGUUUUAGUUGGUAUCCCAUUAGAAACUGGUCAAAAGCAGUAUUCUGUAGAUUACAAAUUAGACACAUAUUUAAAAAUUGCUCGUUUAUACUUGGAAGAUGAUGAUCCAGUUCAAGCAGAAGCAUUUAUCAACAGAGCUUCCUUAUUGCAGGCAGAAUCUAAAGAUGAGCAUUUGCAAAUCUAUUAUAAGGUUUGUUAUGCUAGAGUGCUUGAUUACAGAAGAAAAUUCAUUGAAGCUGCUCAGAGAUAUAAUGAAUUAUCAUAUCGUACUAUUAUUCUUGAGGAAGAACGAAUGAGAGCCCUGAAAAAUGCUUUGAUUUGCACAAUACUUGCUUCAGCAGGUCAGCAACGUUCUAGAAUGCUUGCUACUCUCUUUAAAGAUGAGCGGUGUCAACAGUUACCAGCUUAUGGAAUCCUUGAAAAAAUGUAUUUAGAUAGAAUUAUUCGUCGCAGUGAGCUUGAAGAAUUUUCUGCUAUGUUGCAAUCUCAUCAAAAAGCCUUAACAACUGAUGGUUCAACAAUUUUAGAUCGAGCAGUCAUUGAACAUAAUUUAUUGUCUGCCAGCAAGCUGUACAAUAACAUAACAUUUGAUGAACUAGGAGCUCUGCUUGAAAUACCUCCUGUAAAGGCAGAAAAGAUUGCCUCCCAAAUGAUAACUGAAGGCCGAAUGAAUGGACACAUUGAUCAGAUAGAUUCUAUUGUUAAUUUUGAAAAUAAAGAAGUUCUACCUUCUUGGGAUAAACAGAUAGAGAGUUUGUGUUUUCAAGUGAAUAAUAUUAUUGAAAAGGUAUCCCAACAUGCACCUGAGUGGAUGGCCCAAGCCUUGGAAGAGCAAAUGAUGCAAUGAAAUCUUUUGUCUAUAAAUCGAGAAUAUGUAAAUUUCUUGUACAUUCUUACAAUUUGUUUCCAUGAUAAAACAUGUUGCGCAAAAUAAAUGUUUUUUCAAAACUUUAGAAUAA